UUUUUUUCAGCUCCCCCCCUCUACCGAAGGUCGGAGAGCUGCAGCAGUUAUGGCGGAGGUGGUGAUGGCGAGCAUCCUUGUGCCUACUGUGACGUUUGUGUGACAAGCGUAGAUCGUCUAUGAAGCCAGCGGUCUACCAGCGCCAGAAAGUAUGCGAAAUGUCGGCGGCAACCACGCCGAGCGGCCGCCGAUCCUCCGCGACGGAUGCCUGAUACCCCGCCGUCUCCCAAAACCUCUCUCAUGAUAGUAGCCCUAACUUUAAUGCUAUGUAAAUAGUAGGUAUCAACCACUGACCCCCCGCCAUCCACACUCCUAGCCAGGCCCCCCGUCGGGGGGCUUUCGCUAUUUCACGGGGGAGGGGAAAGCUACCGAACCGCCGCAUAACCACUCCGAAAAUUAAAAGGAGUGGGCUCGGCGCAGGGCGUUAAACCUACUUAGCAAAAGAAGAAGAAGAAAAAAAAAACAAAAAACCGCCGCUACCUUCCCCCAGAAAACACGGCGGUGCCGACCCCGGAGCGUUUCGACAACCCCGCCGAAUGCCGAGCGCAGUCCAGCUGUCCAUGGCUUCGGCACAGCCCCGAACCCGAUCGGAAAAUGGCAGGGACGACAGCAGCAUCGAGUUCUGGACGGCGAUCUACGACUACGACGCGUCGGGGGACGACGAACUCUCCCUCCAGCGCGGCGAGACCGUCCAAGUGCUGUCCAAAGACGCUCGGAUCUCGGGCGACGACGGCUGGUGGACGGGCAAGAUCGGCGACAAGGUGGGAAUCUUCCCGUCCAACUUCAUCACGCGGCACGACGGCGUUCGCCCGGUCAACGCCGACCUGUCUGCGCGUCCGUUCGAGAUCGACUUCUCUGAGCUCGAGUUGGAGGAGGUUAUCGGAGUCGGCGGGUUCGGCAAGGUCUACCGGGGUUCGUGGCGGGGGCAGGAAGUCGCGGUCAAGGCGGCGCGGCAGGACCCCGAUGAAGACAUCGGCGUGACCACCGAGAGCGUGCGGCAGGAAGCCAAGCUGUUCUGGGUGCUGAACCACCCGAACAUCGUGACGCUGAAAGGAGUAUGCCUCGAGCCGCCCAAUUUGUGCCUCGUCAUGGAAUACGCGAGAGGAGGACCGCUGAACAGGGUGCUGAGUGGCCGCAAGGUGCCGCCGGAAGUGCUGGUGGACUGGGCGGUGCAAAUCGCCCGCGGGAUGCACUACCUGCACAACGAGGCUCCCAUCUCGCUCAUCCACAGAGACCUCAAGUCGAGCAACGUGCUGUUGAGCGAGCAGUACGGAGAGCUGACGCAGAAGACACUCAAGAUCACGGACUUCGGACUGGCACGGGAGGUCUACAAGACGACGCGCAUGUCGACGGCGGGCACCUACGCCUGGAUGGCACCAGAGGUCAUCAAGUCUUCCACAUUCUCUAAGGCCAGCGACGUCUGGAGCUAUGGCAUCCUGCUGUGGGAGCUGCUGACGGGGGAGACCCCUUACAAGGGGAUCGACGCCCUUGCGGUGGCCUAUGGUGUGGCGGUCAACAAGCUCACUCUUCCGAUUCCGUCGACGUGCCCCACGCCCUUCUCGAACCUCAUGAAAGGGUGCUGGAGCUCCGACCCUCACGAGCGACCCAGCUUUGUGGAUAUCCUGCGUGAGCUGGACAAGAUCACCAAGUCGCCAUUCAUGAGCACACCCCAGGAGUCAUUCCACACCCUCCAGGAGGACUGGAAGCACGAGAUCGAGACCAUGUUCCUUGAGCUCAGGUGCAGGGAGAAGGAGAUCCGCUGCCGCGAGGAGGAGCUGCGCCGGGCGUUUGUCCAGCAGAAGCUCCAGGAAGAGUUCCUGAGGCAGCGGGAGCAGGAGCUUGCGGAGCGGGAGAUCGACCUGCUGGAACGAGAGCUCAACGUCAUGAUCCUGGCCCAGCAGAAGGAGCAGCCGGCGCCGGCACCCAGGAAGAGGGGUGGACACUUCCGCAAGUCGAGGCUCAAGCUCCUCAAGUCGGGGGCGCAGAUCAGCAUGCCUUCCGACUUCCGGCACAACAUCACGGUGCAGCACACCCCAACGCACGGCGGGGAACUGAAGGCCCUACGGAUGCCCUCGAGCCCCGAGAGCCCUCCUGCUUCGCCCAAUCUGCCCCGGCUGAGGGCCUACGCCCUGCCGGCGGACGGGGCGAAGGGGAAGACCUGGGGUCCGAGCUCAGUGCAUCAGCGAGAGCGCCAGAGUCCCCGCGCCCGCAAACACCUGCUCGUGGAUGCCAACAAGCGCUGGUCCCGGUCGGCCCCCAACCUGCCCCGCAACCUGGCCGCCAUGUUCCCCCCGGACGGAGAUGCAGGCAACUCCCUCGACGCCGGCCUGGCGAGCACCAACGGCUACGGGUAUGGCGGCUCGGAGCAGGCGUCGGGGGGCCGCAAGUCGUCGAGCCCCUCUGUGCGCCGGAUCACGGAGCUGCUGCUGUUCAAUGCCAGCGCACUGCUGGCCGGGGUCGGGGCGGGCUUCGAUGUGCGGCUGGCCCAGACCAGGGCCCAUCCACGGCUGCAGGAGGGCACGACGGGGGAGGAGUCCCAGGGCCCCCUUGGACCAAUCGGCAGUGCCUGGGCCCGGGAUUCCGGCUUCCCGCCGUACCCAAUCUGUGCCGACUACGACUUCCCCGUCGGCUCGUCGGGCGGCUACUCCCACCACACCUACCAUGGGCCGAGCCGCCCGCACGGCCGCCCCUGCCUGCCCCUCGAGUCCAGCCCCAGCCGCUGCCCCCUGACCCCCCAGCACCAGCCGUUUUCGCCCCGGCCCCGCAAGGCCUCCACCACCUCCAACGACUCUUCGAGCGACCAGGCGUAUGCGAGUUCGGCCAGCUCGGGAAUUGGGCCCUCCCCGCUGGGUGCGGGGCCGCUCUCCCCUCCAGACUACCUCUCGCCGUCAUCGGGGGUGGCCACUAGCACGACGGGCGGCGAGACCGUGUACCACUCUUCGCCCUCCCACGUCUACCGGGACCCCCCCGCCUACCCUGGCUACUCGCGUGCCACGGGUGCGACGGGCGCCUACGCCUACGACAACCCAUCAGCAGGGUACUACUCUCCGCAGCGGAGGGUGCCGCUGACCAUUGCACCCGAAGUUCCUUCUCCCGCGAGCGUCAACCCGUCGUUUCAGGACGACGACCGGGCGUACGUGGGGUCGGCACCCGUGGCACCCUCGCCGCGGCGGUCUCGCCGGGACUACGAGAAGAGGCCGGCGACGCUGGAAGUUUCGCCGGCAAGGUGGUCGCCGCGCCCAACCCCAAAAGCGAGGUUCGGCGUAGCGCCGCCGCCGGCAGCGCCGUCGCCGCGGCAACAGCAACACGGCGGGCGGCGGAGAUCGACAUCGAGCAGCGCGGGCAGCACGCCGACCAACGCGACGCCGCCGAGCAGCGGCGCAAGCGGGGACGCGUGCUUCGUGUCCUCGAGCGGGCGGGUGAGGUUUACCGUCGGGGUGGGUUCAACGGCAUCGGAACUGCAGCAGCAGCCCAGGGUGGCCAACAAGGCGGCGGGCACGAGCGACGAGGGAGGACACACGCUCCUGGACCUCCCGGCAGAAGGGCAAAGUCGGGACGAAACCGUGCCGCUGGCGGCGCGUGCCGCGGCGGCUGCAGCCGCUGCUGCCGCCGCGAGGCGUAGGCCGUCUAUUCGGGAGCUUGAGGAGGAGUUCCUCUCGUUGUAGGGGUUGCCGCCACUGGUCUGUUUAUGGGCGUUUUUUGUUUUGUUGCCGCCGCCGCUCACGUCUCGAAGCAAUGGUCAUUCGAAGGAGUGUCCAGAGCGAGGUUUCGACUUCGUGGGGGCCAUGUUAAAACUGCAAUUCAACGGGUUUCUAUUUUUUGUUUUGUUAAUAUGGAGCGCAAGUUUAUCUGCUUUUUGCACAAGGGUUGCGAUGAUGUCGGAACGCCGAACCCUUAUUGGCUAAUUGAAAAAAAUUAGUGGGUAGGCGUCUAGCGUUGAGGUCUACCCACUAUCCUUUCAAUCAAAGCCAAUCGGAGCUCGGCUUCGUUCUGACAUCACCGCAACUCCUGCCCAAGAAGCAGACUGCUUGUUCUCCGCACACAGUGUAAAGGCUGGUUCACACUUGCAACUGCUUACAAUCUGAGGUGCAAAAAACCGGAUCUUAAGCCUCUUGAGGCUGCUUAGGACCAUCUGUGCAGCGGUCUAGGCGGUCGUAAGAGGCUUAACACCUGUUUUUAGCCUCUUCGGUCUUACGCGGUCGCAAUUGUCUGAACCACCCUCAAGUGCGAGUGAAGCCAAUGCUACGAGUGCGAAUAUGUUGUCGUGAAUGACGCUUUCACUUUACGAGUGCAUGUGCGUAGCAGGCUUGCCGAAAGCGUUGUGUUCGCUCUUGUAGCCUCUCCUUUGCUCGCACAUACGGUAAAACAGUAUGGGUACCAGAAGUAACUUUUGUUGCACUGACCCCGUCACCGGGUAUAGCGUGAAAAAAAAAAAAAAAUUAUACCGCAGCUCUAUUCACGAACCCAAAACAUCCCCUCGAAAUCGCAUUGUCGUAGGCGCCUUAUUUGGUUUUUCGUGGCAAGAUAUGCCCUAGUGUGCCAUCCUUUUUGUCUGUUUUAAACUUUCUUCUACAGAACCGCGUCGUUGAAUUGCAUUUGCAAGAUAGCCACCACAAGAUAGCGUUCUUGUGCCCACUCUAGAGUCAAUUGACCGAGGCUUCGUCGUCCGAUCAGAGGCGGCGGCAUUAACUCGUGCGUUGUGGGCGUGCAUAUCGUGCGCGCACGGUACUUCUGGUGAUGUAUAGAUAGCGUAAAAUGUGAGCUUCUUUGUCGACGCAUGCAAGACGUUCCGGAUGAAGAAGAACGUUUGCCGAGGAUGGUUUUGUGACAACUGCACGACGGGUCGAACCAUCUCGACAGAGUCUUCGGGGCUGCGAGGUGUCCAAACAUGUGUGGCAGAGAUUGACAAACGACGCCAAUGCACGACGGCGCCGUCUAGGUUUUAUCGGGGGUUGUGUCUCGGUGGUACCAUUUGGCAGCCUCAAACGAUGGGAGUGGCAGCUAGCAUUUGCGAGGCUGAAACUUGGGAGCGUAGUGCAAUUUGUUUCAAUGUGCCAUUGCGUCUGCGUGCUCUAGGUCGAUUCGUUGCAAGCUGGUCCACGUAGGGGCUAGAAUGAAAAGGCACAAUUUCUUGUCCUUGCGGCCUUGGGCAGUUUCUCCCUCCCACUUCUGCUGUGUGGGGUUGCUGCGAUCUCGCCCCUCCUACAGUGCUUUAACUCGUUUUAAAAAGGUACCCCAAUCUCUCCGUGUCGGCCUCUUUGCUCCGUGGUUCGAACCAGAUGAGUUUCCAGACUAGUUAGGUCUAUGGGCCUUGAGGUUGCCUGCCUGCAGGGACUUACGUAGAACACCUCUUCUUCUUCGUCUUCUCAAAAAACAUAUUUCCAUAAACAGUGUUCAUUUAUCGUAAGCCAAAAGUAUUUCGAUCGACGCUUUGCAGUUGUUUCAUACAAAUACAUAGGCACACGGUUUCAUUUAUGGUAGUUGGAACAGUUCGUGAUGGUUCGGGCAGCAUUUGGAGGGGUGGCAUGGUCGCACUCCCAUGUGGUAGAGAAAAUUACCAUUGCUUUUAAGCGAGAGCAAAGGCCGUAAAGAUUGCCGCUGUCUAGCCUGGCCAUGGCUGGACAAACGGUUGUGGACAGAAGAAGCUGGAAUGUGUCGUGUUUAUCUCGCCCGUUUGUGCCACCUGCUGACACUAGGAGGAACUUUGUUUGUCUUAGAGAUGUGUACAUUUCCUGCUCGCACACAUAUUCAGUGUACUGCCGCCUAGUUGUACGUCUAGCGACGAAGAGCUUUUAUCUGUUCUAGCUUCUUUUGUUCACAACUGUGCAUAGACGUAGGGUUCUAUGUACAGCACACGUCAAAGCAGGCUUUGCUGCAGACGUGCACAAAGUGGCAGACAACGUGUCAUGGCGUCUCUUACUUUGUCUUUCUAGUAGCGAUGUGAAGUAACAGACGUAACAGAUGAGGUAACAAAGGUGCCAUCUGCUAGUCACGUGGAUGUCGUCUGUUGCUUUAGCUGAGCAGACGAGACCAAAUUGUGUUUUCGGUGACUUCCGGGUUUGCACCUUAGCUUUCAGAUACGCUCCCAGGUUUCAGUCGUGGUCCAGGCUUUGACAUGCCUAGAAUGGGCAGGACACUUUCCUACAUUCCAGAAAGGGUGAUGGAUUACAUUGUCUUGGUCUUUCACGAAGAUGGCCUUUAAGAUAGAACGCCGUGAAGCGCUGCAACUGUCAUCUGCUAGUUCGGGGGAGGGCCACGCAUGUUGGGGUAAAAAUGGAAUCGCCCGGACGCUUGGGUAGCCUUGCUUAUGCUGUGCUGGUCUCAAGCUUUUCUCUUCUGCCAAAAUUUAAAUGUGUCUCCAUGCUUCACAAAGCCCUCCUUUCAGCAUUCUUGUGGUCGUCUGCUUUGUCUGUCUGGGAGUCUGUGGCAGUCCUGCUUGUUGCCUACCUUUAUUUACUCUUUUUUCUGACGCUUAGUUCUCCUGACAUGCCCGGUUUUGGUUCUUUGAAUUUCAAAAACAGAGACAAAGGAGAAGUUGUUUCCUUUAAAAAUAAGUUAGUGCCAUUCCUGUCAGUACGCUUAGCGGAGUACCGGAGAUGGUGUUGGCGAUUUGAAACUUGGUUCCCAGAAACCACCAGAAACAAAAAUGUCCUUCUGUUAAAAAUAUUUUUGGUUUUGUUUUAAUGCAUUUGUGUGUUUUGCACACUGUCAAGAUUGUCCAACUUUUCGUUGGCAUUUUAUCUCGAAAUACUUUUUUUUUCUUUUUUGCCACACUGCAGAUGCUAAACUGGUUUCGAUGAGACUGGAAACUGGUUUCGAUCGAACAAUUCUACACUCGUGAGUCAUUAUGAGGGAAAAAAAGGGAUGCCACGAUUUUUGCUUGUUUUGAUCGUGCGAAUCUUUACACUAGCUUUGCCACUAAGUCAUUUCCCAUGUUUCUUCUGCUAAUGAUACGCUCGUCUGCUUUCUAGAAGCCCCUUAGUUUCCCUUUCCUCCCCUUUUUUGCCAAGUCGUGUUUGUGUUGUCUUGCGAUCGUUGCGCAAACUCCGAGAACAGCAUGGUCUUUCUUUGUUCGGUUUUUGGCUCGAAGCACAUCCCUGCGGGUUUGUUGUCGAUUUUGCGUUGUGCAGUCUGAUCUCCAGUGCUUGCAUACUGUUAAGAUCGCGAGCAUCGUCGACAAAAAGGCGUGCGUGUGGGGUGGACUUUUCGAAUGUUACGUGAUAGCCCCUACCCUCUGGUCGUGAUCUGUAUUUGUUUGUUUGGUGAAACAAAGUGUUUCGAGAAAUAUUAUGCAAGUGAAGUCGCUCCCCCUUGCUGGAGAAGGAAAAAAAAGAAAGAAAAAAAGAAGUGUACGAAACAUUUGUAUAGUUACACGCAACGAGUCGUUCUUAGGGAGACCUUAGGUAAUAAUGUAAAUAACUGACUGGAACAUUCUCAGUGUGUGUGUGUGGUUGUGUGUGACUGUGCAUGACUGUGCAUGUUUGGAGAUGGGGUAGGUUGGAGCGAUCGACGACGAACAGUAGCGUCAGUUCUUGUUCCAUCUCGGGGAAGGCCGCGUCAUUCCUUAGCGUCGGUAUUUCUUUGUUUUAAGGGAGCAAAACCAUCAAAUUUGUGAACCGCGUUUUCUUUUUGUUUUUUUCCCCGAACAGUGCAUAUGGCAUAGCAAAUUAUUGUGUGCGAUGUCAAGUCGCUGCGCGUAUAGUAUCAUGUCCUUUCUGCAUUUCGGUUUUGAUGACGAGAGCCGGAAUAUCGGAACGACGGCGCAGACCAGGAAUCCCAAUAUGGCGGCUUCCACCGGGGUACAAAAAACAAGCACGUUGGAGGCUUCAUCAUCUGCUCUCUUUCUAACACGCGGAGCGCACAUGUGUCGCAAUUUUUGAGCUUGCGUGAACCUCCCCCCACCAUAGUUGCGCGCCCCCUAUGGUCAAUGUCGGGUUGAGAGAAGUGGAAGCUUCACCCACCUUUUUCCACUUCAGCAGAGCGAACGCGGGAAAGGAAGUCACCUCCUCUCCAGCGUUCGCUCUGCUAAUGUGGAAAAAGGUAGGAAAAGCUUCCACUUCACUCCUAACCUGUCCCCAAGGCUGUGUUCUAAACCUUACCCAAAUAGAUCCGAGAUAAUCCAGCGGGCCGUGUCACGUGACGCGCAGAUAAAGCGAUGCUGGACACGGGUAAGUUUUCAAUGUCAAAUAUACAAAUCCCUUAUCCUGGGGGAAAAUCGAGUCAAUUUUGAAACACGGCCCAAAUAUAGUCUGCGACGUUAUCCCAAUAUCCCGGCAUCCAACAAUCGAAACCGAAACCAGGUUCCGAACUAUAAACUAGUUACACCGGUUCGACGUACUCUACAACGUGUUCUAUAACGAAUGGUGCCAUAUGCAUUGUGGAAAAAGACAAAAAAAAAAAAAAAAUGCAACCCAGGAUUUUAGGUUUUUGCGCCUUUACAGAAUACACUCCUCCACUGGGAGGGUCUGAUCUUCUUUUGGGAUCGUAUUUCCUUUUUCAUUGUUGGUGUAUUGUAAAUGUGGCCAUCUUACUUCUUAUUACACGAAACUGUCUUUCACAAAGCGUUUAUAUAUAACUUUAAAUGACUCUAAGUGGGCCGUCGGCAAAUGUGUAAUUAUGUGAUUGAAUUUUUUUUUUUUUUUUACAAUUUUUUGGGGGGCAACAUUUUUUACGCCACAUCUGGGUUUGCAUUGUCGGGUUGUCUGCGGAAUGCCACGAGUGCGUGACUAGAAAACUGCAGAAACAAAUGACUGAUCAUCGCUGAAUGGACGACAAAGAGUGAUACUAACGAAGUUAGUUUAUUUUGGAGCGUGCAUUUUGUGCAUUCCGUCUGCGAGCUGCCAUAACGAAGUUAUAUUUGCUUGGUUCUUGGGUUUUUGUUCCGGUGGCUACAUGCAUUCCAAAACAAGACGAAGAAAAAAUAUAUAUGUCGAUUCCCUUUAUAUUGGUGUCCGUUCCGUUGCCAGUUUUUUCCGCGUCGACGACCAUUAUUUUUUUAUUCUACAAGGAGUUUCCGAGCACCAUUUGGGCAUCAAAGAAAUUUGCAUGAAGUCAAUGAACUGGGUGCACAAAGCGUUUCACAAAGGUGUCUUCUUUGCGAUGAACACCCCCCAAGCAGAUCCGAGCAUGGGUGGUGCCAUUUCUGAGUGGCAGCAUUAAGCGGACCGUUUGAGCCAUUUUUUUCCCUAUGCAUAGAAAAAAAAUUAAUUUUUGGGCCUAUUUUUUUCUUUCUUAAACCUAGACUCAUAAAAGUUUAGUACGACAAACGCACCACCUGAAGACGCCUUUGUAAAAAGUUUAAAUGCACUCCGUUCAUCUAUGUAUUUAUAAAAAAAACAAAUUUACGCCCGAAUGGCGCGCAAGAACACCCUGUGUGUCUCAUUGCCACCUCGUGUACUUCGCGGACAUUCCCACGUGAGCUAGUCUUGCCUGCCUCUGUUUUUAUUUCUUCUAGAGUUUGUGUUUUUAGAUUUUUCGUUUGUUUUUUGUUUGGACGAAAAGGAAAUCGACAGGAAGGAUAAAGGCAAACUUUUGCUCAGAGAUUUGUUUGUUUUGUUCUUUUGUAUUACAUAUAGAUUACGGUGAUCUUUACUACCGUUUAUUUUUAAAUCUGAGAGGCAUUGUCGGCAGUGUUUGUCGGACUGUGCUUUCGUAACAUUUUAUGUUUCUGGCUCGCCAGGGCGGCCGUUUGGGAAGAUGACGGUGCAAUUUUUCGCUCGCUUUUUGCUUCGACAAAGCUCAAUAUCACUCUCAUUUCUUUUUUUUUUAUGUUUAUUUGGUUUUUUGUGCACAGGCAGUCUCCAUUAAAACCAACUGUUGAUAGAUAAAUUGUGAUUGUAAAGAAAUACUGUUUCACCUCAAACCAUGAGAACUCCUGCCUUUCAUGAACUUUGACUUGUACUUUAGAAUAUUGAAAAUUGUUUUCUUCCAAUAAUGCAGUCAAUCAGCAUCUGGCAACAGUACCUACUACAUAGUUACGGCUUCUAAAUCCUAGAGUGAUAACUUUAUUGCAUGCAAAGCCCGAAUCGUGAUUUUGUUUUUUCUGGCACUUCAGCUCAAAGCAGUCAGGAGUUGACUUCGAUGGAAGUGUUGUUGUGUUCGAGUUUGGUAAAAAAUGCACAGUCAUCUUUGCAAAACUCUCCACCCUAGAGUCUUCCCCCCUGUGGUCAACGUGCACAAACGGACACCUUGUUUUUUGUUGUGGAGCUUAAUUUAUUGCCGUUUGAGCACGUAGCUGCAGCUAUCGAAAUCCGUUAGUGCGUUGCCAGAAACUUUUUUUUCCUUUUUUUUUCUUUCGAGAUUUUACUAUUUUAAGUGCAGGUGCGUUAUGCCUUUCGUCUGAGAGGACCAAGUCGCCAUAGGCGUCCCAGAGAAGGGGCGGGUCCACGUUCCAUUCUCAGCACUCCGUGGCAGAAACGUAAUUCCGGUAUGCUGCACUCGUUUAUUUUUUCUAAUUAACGAAUGCAUUUUGUUUGACAGACAUCUCCGAGCGGUACCUGCAUUUUAACCUCUGCGGUCACGAUCAAGUUAUGGUUACCCUGUCGGCGCUUGGGGACGGUUUCAGCGUGCGGAUGUUCAAUGUGCAGAAUGUGGACCUCGCACGCUUUUUAGCGUUUGCGAGGCACCAACGGUCCAAGACGUUUGUCAGACAAUAUUUGGAUUCACUGGAACCACGCAGUGAAAGACCCCAGAAACGGGAACAAAACGAUUGGUUCAAAAAAGCGUUCGGAGGACACUAACCCCCGACGACCCCUGCGCAUUCUGGCUCGGAAAGAUUGUUCACCAUUUGCAUGUCUGCUUGCUAACCGCAGUCGGCUUUUAAGUCUCCCGACGGUUAGACUACCGUGUGAACAAAUGCCACGUUCGUUUUGUUUGCGUCUCUCUCGUGAAAAGCCGCGAUGACGACUACAACUCCUGCUUGUAUAAAAGAGUAAUUGCAGUCAAUGAUGUACUUAGGGACCAUAGCCUUGGGUGUUUUUUCGUGGGAAGUACGCUCUUUUGAGAAACAGCAACAGUCGGCCCCGGAAAAAUUGGGUUUCGAGGCCGACCCGGUGUACACUGUUGUGAAUACAUUGUGAAUACUUUAGCGGUAAACACAAUUUACCGAGCGACGAGCGAUUCAUUUUAUUUUUACUUGCGACUCGGUACGUUUCAUAGAGUGUUGGAAAGACUUUUGUCAAGGAGGCUGACUGUGUUUGAUGUGUUGCCAUUGAAACGAACUUGCUCAUUUUACGAACGGCGGGUGUAAGAUUGUCUGUUGCCGAGAUGCUUGCCAAAAUGGAGGGUUGAAAAAAAAAGUUCUUUUUUUUUGUUUGUUUGCUAGUUUUUUGUUUCGAGGAAAUGUGCGACUGGGUGAAGAAUCAAUGUGAUGUGUACCAUAAUAAUAAUAAUAAUUGUGCCGGAAGAGCAGUGACUACGAUGACAGUGUUCUCUCCCGGUCAUCCCUAACUCCCCUCUUCACUAUUUAACUCGAAAAAAAAACUGCAAGACUUAUAAAUUUACAUUUGUAUAAAAUGAGCAAAAAAAGAAAAAAGUGCACUCGAAUAAAAACCCUUACAUACA